AGCAUGAGACUGCAAAGUCCUUGAUCAGAGUAAGUGCUACUGAGCAACAACUAAACCACGGGUGUGUUACCAGCAUUGUUCUCAGCUAAAGCUAGAACACAGCACUGCACCCGCUAGUAGGAAGAGAAUUAACUCUAUCCUAGGCGACACCAGGACACCAGCCUGUAGCUAAAAUCCAGGGGCUAAUGCAACCAGACCUACAGUUUUCUACUCCUUAAGUCUGUGCUGCACGGCUGUGUUGUGUCUGCACAGCCGACGGCGAGAGCUCCGGAGGUAUGAUGCGGAGGCGCUUCCGGCCGGCGGCGCUGUUUUGAGAGCAGCCGAGACACUUCCGCGGGCAGCGGAAUCCGGUGAGGAGAUAGUGCCCCCCCAGCCGCUGGCGCCACAGUGCAAAGGUUCCCCCGCACAAGGGCUUCAGGCGGCUUCCGGGCUCGGCGGGAAGCGGCGGGUGGCGGCGGUCCGUGGUGAAGAGCACGGUGCUGCAGACGGCGCCAUGGCCCGCAAGAAGCUGUACCGGCCCAUCGCCGCUAUGGCCAAGAAGGUCCGCGAGUACCGCGCGCUGAAGAACCGGCCGCGGGACUCGGAGCGCUUCGCCCUGGACUAUGAGACCAUGCGGCGGCCCCUGACGCAGAAGCGGCUGCCGGUGCUGGCCUGGGAGGACGUGCGGAACGAGAACCGGCUCCUGGCCCUGCUCUGCCGCCUGCCGCGCCUCGGCGUGGGCCGCACCGUCACCCGCAAGUCCUGGCUGUGGGCGCACGACGAACCCUGCUACUGGGUCAUCACCAAGGUGAAGGCGGACUACACGGCCGAGAAUAUGGAUCAUGGAAGAGCUUGGGGUUACCUGACCUUCAGAGGCAAAACUGAAGAAGAAGUGAGAGAGAUCGACAAAGUUAUGUACCAUGACUGGCGUAUGGUGCCCAAACAUGAGGAGGAGGCCUUCAAGAAAUUCACCCCAGUGCAGGAGGAGACCAUUCGGUUCCUGCCAUACCCACCUCUGCUCCGAGCCAUGAUCCUGGCGCAGUGGCAGAAAGAGGGAAAGCAAAUCACAGAGGAGCCGAUGAUUGACCUGGAGAAGGUCAUGGCCUCUCCCCAUCAGCGUGCAAAGAAAAAAGCUACAGGGACACCAGUAUAAAGACUAGUCCAAUGUCCUGAGCUUCCCAUGUGUUCUCAGCGUGUUAGAAGUACAGCACCUUGCAGAAGCCUCCCUUGUCCUCACACAGUGAGGUGUAUCCAGGUUUCCUGACUUUCUCCCCAGCCCUGUACAGUCACCUCAUCUGGAGGGAAAGAUACAGAUACAUUCAGCUUUG